AUUUUAGAAUAAGCACGCAUAUAGUUGUAUUUUGUAAAUAGAUUAAUAGUGCCCAACUCGUAUGAUAAAGUGGUCUUCGUAGCCUCUUCGGGCUGUUUUGAAAACUUUUUUCAGAGAUCAGUUUGUCACAGAACGUUGAGCGAGGCACAAGCACUAUUCGAUUUUUAAAAUUCUGAAAUAUAACGAAAUAUAAUCAUAAAAUAUAAGCCAAACACAGGUGGGUGCAGGCAUUUUUCGGGAACUUAUGAGUUAAGCAGGAGCCAAAUGGUGUAGGUUCUCGACGAGUUUGAAAUAAGUGCAAUUUUAUAUACUUUGUCGAAAAGUGUCAAGAGUGUUAGGUUCGAAUUAUAUAAUUAAUGUUACCACAAAUGGAUUAGAAUGUCAACAAAAGUGAUGCAUCUUCUGGGUAAUUGGACUUUUCCCAAAAGUGUAUAUACGGAUAGAAACGGAAAGAGCCAUUUAAGGGUCAUGAUCGACAAAUAUUAAACUUCUAGCCAGUGUUACACUGAUAUAAAUACAUCUAUACGUACAGUUCGGGCGUUGAAAACAACACGAUUUACCGGAUUCAUCAAUGAAUUUCUCAAUCGAAACCAAAAAACAUGAACCACUUUCUCACACACCUUGGCAUGAAUUUGAAUUGUGGGCAGUUGUAGGAGGAAAGUCAAGUCCCUUAAAAGAUUUUUACAAUUUUUGAGUUGAAAAAUGCUCUCUUGAUUUCUAUGGCAUCCAUUUCCUUCUCUCGAUCUCUCGCGAUCUAUAAAUCACAAGCCAAACUAUUUUUUCCUUAAUUCGAGAGCAUGAAAAUAAAGAAAACAACAACAGAGCCAAAAAACAUGAAAAUCCGUUGGCCAGAAAUAGCGCCACCCACCAAAAGUUUUGAAAUUACAUUUUUAAAAAGAUAGCGAUGUGCCAUGUCGUCUUCUCUUUGUUUUCAGAACGUCAUGGAGAAGACAACGCGGCCCAAGCGAAAUCGUCGCCACAGCAGGUGAGACGCGCCUGGCCACCGGAGGAUGAGCUGCAGCCACCAACGCGAGCCAUCAAGCGGUUGUUUACACCCGACAUCAAGAGGAUGCUUAAAGAUUGGCUGAUCCGUCGCCGGGAGAAUCCUUAUCCCAGUAGGGAGGAGAAAAAGCAGCUUGCUGCUGAGACUGGACUGACCUACACCCAGAUCUGCAAUUGGUUCGCAAACUGGCGCAGAAAGCUGAAGAACUCAGAGCGGGAGAAGGCCAAAAAGUCCUGGGGCCAUCUGAUCAAGAACUACAAUCACAAUGCCAGGGGAAAUGUUGAGCAGUUCAGCAUAUCGUCUGAGGAUAGUAUUUGGGAGGAGGAGAUGCGCUCGGGUCCCGCAGAUGAUGACGAAGGCGAUGAUGACGACGAGUUGUCCAGCCACAGCACUGGCAGCGAUGGCAAUGCCAAUAAUGACUCCACCUCCCCGUACAAGAAAAAUUUGUAUAUGGAAUCUGCGGACUUGUCCGAUCGAAUACCCAUGUUGCCCACUGUGCAGGUAACCAGGACCAAGUACAAGCACCAAAUGAUGGAGAAGUACCUGCGGGAUACUUCCACGGCAGAGGAAUCUAUUCAACCGGGCACGCAACUUAACAAGUGGCUAGAAAGUGCUGCCAAAUUCACACCGGAUAGAAACAACUAUCACAUCGAGUGGAAUACGAGCAGGCAGAAAAACAGCAAAAGCAACAGCUGCGGCCAGUCUCAUGGCCAAGUGAUGUUCAAUAGCGAUGCCACGGCGGCGGGUUGCGGCGAUAGCUGGAUGCUCCAUCACAAGGACGAACUGGACGCCGCGGAAGCCUUGGCUAACCUCGCCUUUAACUGUAGGCAGCGCUGGCAACAUACCGCGAUCAGCUCCUAAGCGAAA